AUGCGCUCGACCCAUAGCUUACGUCCGCAGUCGCUCUCGCAUUCCCUCGCCCGCGGACAGUCCUCGGACGCAUCCGACUCCUCGGGACUCUCUUCGCCUACAACUUCGGAUUCGCCUUCAGCGCCCCCUUCUUCCACUCCGACAUCUUCGGGGAUCUCCUCUCCUCUUGAAGAGCUCCAAGAACCCAACAUGUCCAAGCCUGGCUCGCAAACCGUCUCGAAGUCUCCACGCCGCCCGACAAGCGAGCUUCUCUUCAAUCAAUGGAGGCCAACGUCCCACUUUCUCGGCCCGCAUGGCUGGAUGAACGAUCCCUGCGGCCCUUCCUACGAUUCACGCACCGGUCUCUACCAUCUAUGGUAUCAAUGGAACCCCAAUGCGUCCACCUGGGGCAGCAUCUGCUGGGGACACGCCUACAGCCGCGACAUGAUUCACUGGACUUCUCGCCCGGCACCUGUUAUCGUCCCCGGCGCUAAUCACGACUCGGAGGGUGUCUUCACCGGCUGCGUCCUUCACCGAUCUCCUCUUGGCACUGCGAAAGAAGCUGCUCAGACGUGCGAGAUGACCGCCCUCUACACGGCCGUCUCCCAGCUGCCCAUCCACCACACGCUGCCUUACAGCCCCGGAUGCGAAAAGGUGGUCCUCUCAACGUCGACGGAUGGAGGCGAGAGCUGGAUCCCUCAAGGUGUCGUUCUCAAUGGGCCGCCCGAGCAUCUCGAUGUCAUCUCGUGGCGUGAUCCCUACAUUGCGCAGUGGCCGGUGCUGGAUGAGCUGCUGGGUCGAGCUGACCAGGCACCUGGCCUCUACGCCCUCAUCGCGGGCGGUAUCAAGGACCAGACGCCUACCACCUUCGCCUACUCGAUCGACCCGACCGACCUCAGCCAGUGGACCUUCGUCGGAACGCUCGCCGACGUGGGCGUCAACUGCAAGGCUGAGCCGUACGGCGUCGAUCUGGGCAAGAACUGGGAAGUGGCCAACUUCUUCACCAUCGCCGACCAGGCUGGCAGCAGCGGUGCAUCAGCCGAGUACCUUCUCAUCAACGCAGAGGGCUGCAUCGCGCCUGGACCCGCAAGAGCAUCCAUCUACAUCCAGCUGGACCUCAACGCCACCAAGGUCGACAAGGGUGAGAUUCGGCUCCAGCCCGCACACGUCGCCUUGCUCGACCACGGCUGCCUCUACGCGGCCAGCAGCUUCCACGACGAGAAGCACGACCGCCGGAUUAUGUGGGGCUGGAUCACCGAGGACGACAUGCCCGAAGAUUACUACGACACGCAAGGCUGGUCCGGGCUCAUCUCGCUCCCUCGUGAGCUGUUCCACCAUCCUACAUCGACGGAACUUGGCAUUCGACCCGCCGAGGAGGUGUACAAGCUUCGUCAGGGUGCCCAGCUCAUCACUCUCGCAGCCGAGGCUCUGGUGCCGUCUGCAACCCUGGAGCUGGGCGAUGCUGUCGAAGUCGGUGCAGCGCCUGUCUCAGCGGUAGUCAGUCGAUCGUAUGAGGUCGAGAUGGAGCUCUCUGCCGCACAACCGGGCCUGAUCGUCGCGCACAGCAAAGACCUCUCCACACGCACCUCGAUCUACCUCUCCGAAUCGCAGCUCGUUGUCGAUCGCACGCACUCGGCAGGCAAGCAGUCGGUGAUCGCUCAGAACCUCGACAUCAACACGUCCACCCUUCGCGCGCCGCUCUCCGCCACGCCGAGCGGCACCCACAACCUCCGGCUGUUCAUGGACAACUCGGUGCUCGAGAUCUUCGUGGACGAUCUGGUGGUUCUGUCCACCCGGGUGUAUCCGGAUGCGGAGGAUGUGGGGUUGUCGAUUCUCCUUCGACCCGAGGUCGGCCAUGCUGGGCAGAUCAACAUCUGGCAGGGCCUAGACAAGGCGCUUGUCGCCUAG